AUGGUUUCAAUAAAAGAUACCUUUUCUAAAGUCUCAAUACGAUCAGAACCUGUUGAUUACCAUGCUAUUGCUUCAAGUAUACUUCAAAGACGAUUUGUUCAAGCAGUUUUUUUAACUUAUUUAAUAUCUUAUGUUAUUUCAAUUAUGAUUGACAACACGUUUAACAUUUUUAAACCUCUUUCCUGGUUAUAUAUUGGCUUUCGUGCGUUAAUUCUUUUGUUUUCAGUAUUUCCACUUUUUAUUUCAAAAAAAGCUAAUCUUCAUGUUGAUUAUCAUACAAAGCCGUCUUUUAUAUCAGAAUUCUAUCUUAGAUUGUUUUCUUUUAAAGCUUUGAGAUUAACAUUUAUUUAUCUUAUUUCAUCUUUUUUUGUAACUAUGAUAAAUAUGACUACGAAAAACACCGCAUCUUUUAAUCAGUUUAUUGUUUCUUAUGGAGUCUAUUCACCUCAAUUAAAUGAAAAAACAAUAUAUUUUGUUUUUCAUGGAUUAUCUUUAGGAUUAGUGGUUUCUAUUGUCCACAAUUUAAAUGACUGGGAUAAAAUGGAGCUUCCUAUUUUUGUUCAAAUUCUUCCAGUUCGUGUAAAAUCUGAAAUAGUUAAAAUUAUAAUAUAUUCUGCAUUAGUUUCCUUGACAUUUUCGUUUUUUAGUCCAUUAGUAUAUCUUUUUUUAAGAGGAUGGAUACGAUCUUUUACUUUGCAAUUUUUUCGCUUGCUGUUAUAUAAAAUUCCAAAAUCUUCUAUUCCUUACUGGCCAUUUUCUAUAAAGCUUCUUCUUUUUUCUACGUUUAAUUCUUUUAUUAUGCUUUUACUAUGGAAUUCAGUUCAUUCUUUAUUUAGAAUAUAUUUAUCUCACGGCCCUAUGUCUUAUGGAAAAUUGGCAAGUGAACGAUCACCUGAUCCUAAUGGAACUCUUUUGACAGGAUUAGUAGCUGAAUUUAAACCAUUGACUAGAAUUAUGGCAUUCGAGGAACUUUAUUAUAUAUUACAUCAUGAUAUUCGUCGCUGUGAACAAAUUUUUAAUGAUAUUGAUCGAGACCCUCCUAUGUGGCAACAAAUUGUAGAAAUAUGUCUUAGAAUUAUCAGUGAUAUCCCUUUAACCCUUCGAAGAGUAUAUCAAUUACCAGAAAAUAAAACUUCGUUUUCAUAUAUAAAUUCAGAGUUUACACAUAAAUUCUACAAUCAAAUAAACGAUGACACUGAAUUAAAGAAUCCAAAUUCUGUACCUUUACUAAGAAUUAAAGAUCAAAAUAUUUUUUUGGAAAAACAAGUUCACAAACGAACUCCUCAUAUAGACCAUUCAAAACAUCGAAAUAAUGUUAAUGAAUUUUUAUCACAUUCCAAUAAGGCUUCAAAAAAAAAUGAUAAAAAUAUUUAUAAACUUCAACUAAAAAAUAUCAUAAUAUUUUAUUUAAAAAUAUUUUAUAAAUCUUGGUUAGGUGUACCAUUUAGACAAACUUUACGAAGAAAACAUCAAAUUUUAUUUCCAAAUACUCGUUUACAAAUUCUAGCUAUAUUUGAUUUAUGUCAAUUAGUUGUACGUUCUAUUGAUCAAGAUUUAUUUGGCAUGGUUCAACGGGAAGUUGCAUUGAUUUUAGAAUGUUUAAACGUAACUCUUGAGGAUAUCAAACAAUUCAUUAUAUUUCCACAGGCUCAUUUUUCUGAUAUAUUUUGUUAUCAAAAUAACCCAGAUCUUACAUUCGAAGAGCCUACAGCACUUUUAAAAACAUUGGAAUUUGGUAUGUUAAAUAUCAUCUCGAAAUUCGGACCUUAUCUUUCUGGAAUGCAUCUUCAGCCUUCUACUGCAAUAAAAUGUCAAACAUUAGCUGAUUUUAACUUAUUAAAUGACUAA